AUGGCACUCCUUCUCUCUACCACUUGCAUCUCCAAAUACUUAACACAAACUACUUCCAACGCCCACUUCAAAUCCUCUCCUUUUUUAGUCACCAAAACCUUAAACACAAAAGAACCAACUAAAAGAAACCAAAAGAUCUCUCCUUUACAUGUUGCGGCACCUCCCUCAUCACCAUCUGUGCAAAAAGAAGAAGAAGAAGAAGAAGAAGGUUAUGGAGUCGAUGAUGAGAGUGGAGAGGAGAUUAAUGAUUCUAAAUUCACUUGGAGGGAUCACUGGUACCCUGUUUCUUUACUUGAGGAUUUGGACCCUCUUUUGCCAACCCCAUUUCAGCUUCUGGGUCGUGACUUAGUUCUUUGGUUUGAUAAGGCUAAUCAAGAAUGGGCUGCUUUUGAUGACAAAUGUCCCCACAGACUUGCCCCCUUAUCUGAAGGAAGGAUUGAUGAAAAUGGGCACCUGCAAUGUUCAUACCAUGGAUGGUCAUUUGAUGGGUGUGGAUCUUGCACACGAAUUCCUCAGGCUUUGCCUGAAGGCCCUGAAGCUCGUGCAGUCAAAUCUCCAAGAGCUUGUGCUACCAGAUUUCCUACGAUGGUGUCCCAAGGUCUGCUCUUUGUUUGGCCAGACGAGAAUGGUUGGGAAAGAGCUCAAGCCACCAAAGCCCCCAUGUUACCUGAUGACUUUGAUAAGCCUGAGUUCUCAACGGUGACAAUUCAGCGUGAUUUGUUCUAUGGUUAUGAUACCCUCAUGGAGAAUGUUUCUGAUCCUUCGCACAUUGAUUUUGCUCACCACAAGGUUACAGGAAGGAGAGAUAGAGCUAAGCCUUUGCCAUUUAAGUUGGAGUCUAGUGGCUCCCAGGGCUUUGCUGGAGCCAGUGAUGGGAAUCCACGGAUCAGUGCUGAGUUUGUUGCACCUUGUUACUAUAUAAAUAAAGUGGAGAUAGACACAAAACUUCCUAUUGUUGGUGAUCAGAAAUGGAUAAUAUGGAUUUGUUCCUUCAACGUGCCAAUGGCACCUGGGAAGACCCGUUCAAUUGUUUGCAGUGCUCGAAACUUCUUCCAGUUCACAAUGCCAGGGCCUGAAUGGUGGCAGGUGGUUCCGAGAUGGCAUGAGCAUUGGACUUCAAAUAAGGUAUACGAUGGAGACAUGAUCGUCCUGCAGGGUCAAGAGAAGACAUUUCUUUCACAAUCCAUGGGAGGUUCUGCUGAUAUUAAUAAGCUGUACUCAAAACUCACGUUCACACCCACUCAAGCAGAUCGCUUGGUUUUGGCAUUUCGAAGUUGGCUGAGGCGACAUGGCAACGGUGAACCUGAGUGGUUUGGGUUCACCGACCAACAACCUCUGCCAUCAACAGUUUUAUCAAAACGUGAGAUGUUGGAUAGAUUCGAGCAACACACACAAAAGUGCUCGUCCUGUAAAAAAGCCUAUGCAUCAUUCCAGACGCUGCAAAAGUUUUUAAUAGGUGCGACUGUUGCUUUCUGUGCAACGGCCGGAAUUCCUUCAGGCGUUCAACUUCGAGUUGUUUUAGCUGCCCUUGCACUCGUCAGCGCUGGCCUAGCUUACGCAUUGAAUCAACUUGAAAAGAAUUUUGUGUUUGUUGAUUAUGUACAUUCUGAAAUCGAUUAG